UGGAUUGCGCGUUCGUGCUCGAAAUGGCAAAUUUUAAUCUGAAAUCUUCAGUUUUUUCAACAAUUAGAGAAUUACGAAACCAUUAAUUUAGUCUCUUCCUCGCGUCCUUGACUUCUUUAUUAAGUAUUCUCGUUCACGUGACGUGAGGUGUUUUAUUUAUUGAGGAGUAACUGGGGAACAUGGGAAAAGGUAACGUAUAAAAGAUGGUUUGAGAUUUCAAUACCUUUUCUGGGCAAAAUCGGAGGAACCCAUCUCAUCAAAACAACAGGAAGGUCUAUUUAGAGUUCCAUGUUCAUAAAUUCUUCCUUUGAUGUAUCGAUUUGAUCACGUAUAAAGUUGGGGUUUUUAUGUUCUUUUGCCUUCAAAGUUGUCAUUUUGAUGAACAUGGCACAAUCAGUUUGUUUCGGGGUUCUCUGCUUUAUUGCAUUUGUUUGAUCUUGUGGUCAGUUAAUUAUUGGAUUCGUUUUGGGCCGAUCUUGUGAUUUCGAUACUUUUGGUUUCAGUUUUAAAUAUAUGUCCGAGAAUAGAUUUGAUAGUAAUCAUAUAAUUGAUUUGGAUGCAGGGAGAGAUUGAAUUUCCAGGGUUUCAUCUUCUUGCUUGAUUCAUCUUUGUUAUAUAUAAUACAAAUAUAUAUAUAUAUAACUAAAGAUGGAACAGAUUUCAUCCGAUAAUAUACAUGGAGUCAUUUUAGCUGUGUCUUCGAGCAUCUUCAUCGGUUCUAGCUUCAUCGUCAAGAAAAAGGGUCUCAAGAAAGCUGGUGUAAGCGGAGUUCGAGCAGGUGAAGGAGGGUAUGGAUAUUUGUAUCAGCCUUGGUGGUGGGCUGGGAUGAUAACAAUGAUUUUCGGGGAAAUCGCCAAUUUUGCAGCCUAUGCAUUUGCACCGGCUAUUCUAGUAACACCUUUGGGAGCUCUAAGUAUUAUUUUCAGCGCAGUGCUAGCACAUUUCAUUUUGCAGGAGAAAUUACAUAUUUUUGGAGUACUAGGCUGUGUCUUAUGCGUUGUCGGGUCUACAACUGUUGUUUUGCAUGCUCCCCACGAGCAAAAUAUCGAUUCAGUUAAGGAAAUAUGGCAUCUUGCCACUGAACCAGGAUUCCUUGUGUAUUCUGCUGUGGUUUUGUUCGUGGUGCUCAUACUAAUCUUCUACUACGAGCCACGUUAUGGGAGGACACAUUUGAUUGUAUAUGUUGGGAUCUGCUCUUUGAUGGGUUCACUCACUGUUAUGAGUGUGAAAGCUGUGGCAAUUGCCAUUAAGCUGACAUUUUCCGGGAUGAAUCAGUUCAAAUACUUCCACGCAUGGAUUUUUAUUAUCGUGGUAGCCAUAUGUUGCAUUUUGCAAAUCAACUACUUGAACAAGGCACUGGAUACUUUUAACACAGCAGUGAUUUCUCCUGUUUAUUACGUAAUGUUUACAACCUUCACCAUCUUAGCUAGCAUGAUCAUGUUCAAGGACUGGGCUUCUCAGAGCGGUUUACAGAUAGCGACAGAGCUUUGUGGCUUUGUGACCAUUCUAUCGGGAACGUUCCUUCUCCACAAAACCAAAGACAUGGGAAAUAGCGGCAGCGGUCGCGGGGUUUUCCACACGCCAAGAGAGACUCCUGUCUUCACCAACAACAGCGGUUCCAGUCACAGCUCCAACUCAGAUUGCUAGUUCCUUUUGUCUCGGAUUUCAUCAACGGCUCUGCUUCUUCUGUUUGAAAGAUCCAACGGUACAGAUUCUGUCAUGUACAGGUAACGUUGAGACACCAAAGAAGUCUUCAAAGGAUUGGUUUUAAGGGCUCUUUCUGGGUGAAGGGGUGUGUUGUAUUUGGAGAUUUUGGCCGAUUUUUUCAUUCCUUUUCUGGUUUUUGUUCCUGUAAACACAUCCUCUGUGAUUUUCAUCAAUGAAAGAUCCUUUUUUUA